AUGGCUGACAAUAAAGAUGAUGAAAAUUUAUCAAGUUCAAGUGAUGAAGAUGAUUCAACAACAAGUUCAUCAAGUACAUCGACUGAUGAUGAUGAUGAUGAUGAUGAUAAUGAUGAUGAACAAAUUGAUGAAGAAUCUGAUGAUAAUUUCACAACAUUAACUCCAAAACAAGCACAUUUAUUUCUUGAAACUAAACGUAAAAAUCUCGGUAAACGUUUAUUAGAAUUACGUGACGAAUUAAAAGCACAACCACAAGCUGAUAUUGAUAAAAAAAAACGUUUAUUAACUGAAAUAAAAAAUUUACGUGAAAAAUGGAUUGCUGUACAAACACGUUUAACAAAUCUUAAAGCAAGACUUAGUCAUAGUCCAACACCAGAACGUGAAAUUAUUCGAAAAACAAUAAAUAAAAAAUCUGAAGAAAUUAUUCAACCAGAAACAAGAAUUAUUCCACCACCACGUUUAAGAAUAUCAUCACCAUCAUAUAGUUCAUCUAGUCGUUCAAGAUCUACAUCAACAGAAUCAAUACGAUCAACUGAAAAACCUUAUCAGGAUUUAGAUGCAUUAGAUGAUAUUGAUAAUUCAAAAACUCGUGAUUUACUUUCAUCUCGACCAACAACAUCUUAUCGUGAUCUAACUGAUGAUCGUUCAUUAUCAUCAUCAUCAUCAUCAUCUCCACCACCAUCAUCUAAUCAAAUUCCAUUAUCAAAUCUAUCUUUAAAUGAACCAAAAAUAUUCGAUGAAAAUAUUGAAGAACAAGAAGAUAAUACAAGUUCAAAAGAAACAUUUUAUAAUCAAAUUAUUCCAUAUCCUAUUGUUAAUGAUAAACGUGAUCUUGAAGUAAUAAAUCGACAAUUAAAAAAUCAAUUACGUGAAUUAGAAGCAAGUAAAAAUAAUCCAUUAUAUGAUCCACAAUCAAAUUUAAUUAAUUAUGAACGUUUAAAAAAACAAAAUGAAUAUAUUAAUUUAAGAAUUAAAAUUGAAAAAUUAAAAAGAAGUAAAACAAAAACACAACGUGAAAAAGAACAAAAUAAAAAACAAUUUCAUAUGCUUUUACAAGAAUUUCGUAAACUUCAACGUUUUAUGCGAUCAGCUAAUCGAGAAUAUUCUAAUAAUCAAUUUUUAACAAUGAAUACAGAAAAUUUUUCAUCAUCAAUACCACUUCCACCAUCACCAGAAGUUAAACAACAAGAAGAAAUACAAUUACCACCAAUAGAUUUACAUAAAGUUACAGGAAAAAAGAUUCUUUUUGAAUCAUCAGAUUCUGAUGAAGACGAAGAACCUACAUCUGAACCUCAAGUUCCUGUUUCACUAUCUGUUAGUGAACCACGUGCUGUACCUGAUGGUUUUAAUCAAAUGCAACCACCACCAUUACCAAUUCCAUCAAGUUCUUCAUCAUCAGCUACUCUCGAUGCAAUUAAAACUCGUGUUGCUAAUUUAAUUAAUGCACCAGGUUCUUCAUCAUCUCAAAUCAAUGAAUCUAUCACAACGACUCAAGUCGUCGACGAUGAUGAUGAUGAUGAUGAUGAUGACAAUGUUCAACCAAUAAUUAAUCUAGAAAGAAAUCAAGCUAUAUCAGCAAAAUUUAAUAGAAAACGAAGAAAAGCUAAAAGAAAUAAACAUAAGAAAAAAAAUCAGAAUACACAACCAAUACAACAAAUAAUAAAUGAUAAUGAAUCAACAGUUAUUGAUCAAGAAGAAGCAUGGAAACGACAUGUAGCUAUGCAAUUACAGUUUAGUUUUUUAAAAAGAUCAAAUCCUAUCUUACGUGCAUUAACAGCUGAAGCACAUAAAAAAUUAGGUGUCAGUCAAGACGAAGUUAAUGAAUUUCAAUUCGAUGAUGAAAUGAUGGAUUAUGAAACUGCACUUAUUUUACAACAACAACAAGAAUUUUUAGCUGCUGCUGCUGCCAAUCCAUUUAAUGUUUUACAUAAUGCUGCAGUUGGUAGUUCAUCAUCAAGACCUAAUUUAGUUGAUAUUCUUUCAAAUUUAAAUGGUGGUAUAACACCAUCAUCAUCUGAACCUCAAACACCAAUGGGUUUAUUACAAAAAUUUUUUCUUGAUGCUAAUAAUAAUCCAAAUGCUGAACAUCGAAAAAAUCUUAAUUUUAAUGAUUUAUCAACAACACCACCUACUCCACCAUCACCACGUGAUAUUUCUCUUGGUAGAAAAAUUGUUGAAUCAUUAACACAUCAAGAUAUAAAUGCUUUACUUAAAUUAAGUGGUAGUGAACAUGAUGAUGAUGAUGAUGACGAUGAUGAUAAUAAUAAUCCAUCAAUUGAUGGUGAUACGGAUGAUGAUACAAAUAAUUUUUCUAUUGAUGAAGAUUCAAAUGAUAUACCAAAUGGUAAUUAUAAUAAUAAAAAUUAUGAACGAUGGGAACGUCCAACACCUAUUCCACCACGACCAACACAAUCAUCUAGUAUAAAUAAUAAAAAAUCAACAAUUGAAACAUUAAUAUUACCAAGUUUUAAUCGUUGUACACAUUUGGGUAAAUCAACAAAACGAUCAGCUGGUGUUGAACGUAUGUUUCCAUCGUUUUCAAAACAUAAUGCUGGACCAUCAUCAACACUUAGUUUAAUUCUUUAUGGAUUAUCAUCAAAUCCUUGA